UUCACUACAAAUCCCAUGAUUCCAAUGCUUCUUUAAUCGCAUCAUCCAGGAGCAACUGGAUCGCUUCGGGUAAAGCUGGAGGAUUGAAGCUGAUUGUGUUUACAUGAUUUUUGGCUCUUCCUGAAAGCAGAAGGGUGGAACAGCGAUGAAAAUGGACUUAAAUGCCAUCAUAGAGAAGAUGGAAACAGGCGAUCAGGACGCCGCACUGACAGCUCUACAGACCUUUAAUAAGGAGAAAUCACAGUGUUUUUCAUUUAACUCUGGGGAGGAGGAAGACAGAGAGCGUCUGGGCGAGUUAGUGCUGGGCUUCCUGGAGAGAGACCUCCAGCCGUCCUGUCAGCUGGCCUGCUUGGAAACCAUCCGCAUCCUGUCCCGUGACAAGAAGAGCCUGGCUCCCUUUGCCACCCGCCACGCCAUGCAGAUCCUGAUCCGACAUGCUGGCCUUGGUCAGGGUGAUUUUAAUUUGCUGACUUGUGAGCAUGUGUGUGGGUGUGCGUGUCUGUGUGUGUUGCAGGAGGAAGCAGCCACUUACAGACACCUGGGUGCCAUACUGAGACACUGCAUCAUGAGCACCUCAGAGGGAGAAGAGCGCACAGAGGAGAUGCACAGCCACACGGUGAACCUUCUGGGGAACCUGCCGCUUCUGUGUCUUGACGUCUUGUUGAUGCCUAAAGUCCAGCAGGGCUCUAUCGAGUACAUGGGCGUCAACAUGGACGCCGUCAAGGUGCUGGUGGAGUUUAUGGAGAAAAUACUCGACCGGGGAAACAAGCUGAAAGAAACACUGCUGCCCUCAUUAAAUCUACUAACGGAAAGCGCUCGCAUCCACAGAGAGACCAGGAAGUUUUUACGAAUUAAGGUGCUUCCACCAUUACGAGAUGUCAAAAACAGACCUGAGGUCGGGCACGCUCUACGGAACAAGCUAGUCCGUCUAAUGACACACAUAGACACGGAUGUGAAGCACUGUGCGGCUGAGUUCCUGUUUGUGCUGUGCAAGGAGAGUGUUUCCAGGUUUAUCAAGUACACAGGUUAUGGUAACGCAGCAGGGCUGCUGGCCGCUCGGGGACUGAUGAGAGGCGGCCGAGACCCUGGACAUUACUCAGAAGACGAAGACAGCGAUACCGAGGAGUACAGAGAGGCAAAACCUAACAUCAAUCCAGUGACCGGCCGUGUAGAGGAGGAGCAGCCUAACCCUAUGGAGGGAAUGACUGAAGAACAGAAAGAAUACGAAGCCAUGAAACUGGUCAACAUGUUCGAUAAACUCUCCAGGGAGCAGCUGAUCCAGCCAAUGAAAAUCGGAGCUGAUGGUAAAAUGACUUCAUUGGAGCCACAAGAGCUUCAUUAUUUAGCCAGCCAACAGUUCGGAGAGUCCAAUAAUUCCGACAGCGACAGUGACACAAACUAAUUCUCCUGAAAUGAGUCUUGAGUCUUUUAACAGGAAGGAUAGGAUUGUUUAUUUAAUUCUAAUCGAAAGCAGAAGCUUAUGGUGAGGCAUAUAAAAGAAUUGAAUCGUUUGACACUCGAAGAUUGAAAUGCUUUGUUUUUAUUCCAAAGGAAAACACUUGGUGAUUGUUAUUUCGUAAUUCAGGUUUAUUGUAUUGGCCUGUCUUUUCUGUACAAUGACAAUGGUAAUAUUUUCUGUACAAUGACAAUGAAAACAAGGCUUGGUUGCACAGUGCUAGUUUAUUCAUAUAGCAGGAUUCAUGUAAUGGAACUCCAAGUUAUACAUCACAGAUUUUAUUUUUCAUUUAGAACGUGGUCCGAGAAGAAAACAAAUGUGACACUGGGUGAUGACAGUGACGGAGCCUUGAUAUUUAUUUAUUCAUUCAUUCGUUUGGUUUCAGGAUGAGCUGAGAUUUUUAAGUUACAAUAAAUAUCUAGUUUAUGAGAUGUGAUCAUUUAUGAGGAACGACAGUUCAGCAUUUUUUUGUUUUACCCAGGAGCAUAUAAAGCCUCCUGUGAUCAACUUUUCUUUUGUUCUGUGUGGUAAAAGGAUGAAUUACUGUAUAUUGUUGUUGGUGGCCCGUGUAGUUAUGUGUGAAUGACUGAAGGGAAUGUUGAAUCAUUUAUAUCACAUUAUGUUUAAAGAAAUUUAUUGUGAGAUGAUAAUAAAAGAGCUGAAUUUGU